AUGGACGUUAACAAUAAUGUAGAGACCUACCACAGUAGCAGCUGGGAACCCAUGCGUACAGAUACGGAGUACACAGCGGGGGCAUACACUACCGUUGGGCUCCCUAUCACCCACCACAAGACCUGGGUCGAACAUCUGGAAGAAUACGAGCAUCGGCGUUUUGGGACAGGAAUACUAUCCUUUCUCUACAACAACUUCGUAGCUGGAUGGCGGGCUGGAUUACUCCGUGCCUUCCUGUUCAGUCUGGCAGCUCUCGCCCUCAACAUUUCCAUAUUCCUCUGGUUGUUUCUCGAGUACGGUCCCGUGAGAGGUAAUGGUACGAUAAACACAUCGAACUGUGAUGAGGUUGGGAACUUGGAGACAGGAAUAAAAGUAGGGUUAAACGUCGUCUCCACGUUGAUCUUGGGCGCUUCGACCUAUGCGAUGCAGGGUACAACAGCACCCACAAGAGAAGAAGUGGACAGCGCUCACUCGAAAGGCAAAUGGCUUGAGAUAGGAACGCAAAGUUGGCGGAACCUGAUAUAUGUGAGCAAAAGGCACGCAUCCAUCUGGAGUAUUUUGGCCAUUACCAGUCUACCACUUCAUCUUGUGUUCAAUGCCGUCUUCUUCACUACCACAGAGACCUAUCAAUACGCAGUAGCCGUGGUAGACCAAGGUUUCCUACAGAACGCGGAAUUCCAGGCCACGUCCGAAAACUCCUCACCCACGCUUCCUCAAUUCGAACGCUUUGUGUGGAACGGAAACUGUGACGGCAAUGAUUGUUCCUGGGAUAUCAACAACGAUGGUUUAGUCCGUCAGCUCCUUGACGAUGUGAGAGACUCGAGCCGCGCCCAAGCCUACAAGCGACUGGAACGUCCAGAGUGCAUUGAGAGCUACACAGAAGGAUUCAUGCAAAAGUACAGCGACGUGGUCGUAGUUUCAAACAUCACACAGGUAGACACUCCAGUCUUGUGGACGCGCUACUCUCAGAGAAAUUUGAGCAAGGACAAGAAAGAUACAAACCAGGAUCCAUUCCAUUGGGUGUGCCACGAUAUGCUCAAGAACUCUGUCGAAGGACCCGAUCGUUGUAGCAGAGGAUUUGCCAAGAAGCAUAUCAAGCCUGAGCAGUGGACAGUUUACGGCCACCCUGUGGAUUACUGCUUCGCCCGUGUCGAGCCAGAACUUUGCCAUUUGCAGUAUAAUGCUUAUAUUAUGCUUGCCGUUGUCGUCUUCAGUGUCAUCAAAGUAUUGGCAAUCGCUUUCCUCGUCGUUACCCAUCCAAAGGGAGACUUUUUGCGCACCAUGGGCGACGCGAUCACAUCAUUUUUGAAGAAGCAGGACGAAACUACCAAGGACAUGUGUCUCGUUUCUUCAGCUCAAAUUCGAAAACAGGGUUUCCAAUCGCCUUACUCUCCACAAACUUUUACCAACGCUCGGCCUCGAUGGUGGACUGGAGCCAACACAACAGAAUUUUUCUCUACGAUUGGCAUCUCCGCAGGCUAUGUGGUCAUCCUUAGCAGCACACUGUAUUGGGCCAUCUCUGAAACGGAUGGUACGGCUUUUGACAGCGGCCUUGGACGACCGAACAUACAGUCACUCGCCAAUCUGAGGCCCGACAACACAAAAUCGUCCACAAUUGUACCGACCAUCCUUACUGCCAACAUUCCACAGGUCGGCUUCUCGCUGCUCUAUGUAUUCUACACAAACAUCUGGAGCAAGCUGUUGAUUGCGUACGAGUUCGACCGACUCACCAGAGUUCAGAAGGGUCUGAGGGUUAGUGAGCGUUCUAAAGGUCAACAACGCGCCAGUCACUUCUUCACGCUGCCUACAAGAUAUGCUCUCCCGCUCAUGGCGGUCAGUGCGGCGCUGCAUUAUUUGUGUUCGCAGAGCCUCUUCAUGGCCCGUUUCGAUGGAAUGAGAGACGGCAAUAUUGAUCCUCAAGAUCAGAUGGUCAGGCUGGGAUACAGUGCUACUGGAAUGAUUGCGCUGAUCUCAGUCAACUUCGCUAUGAUGGUGGUUACAAUCUGCGUAGCUGGCUUCCGGCGGCUUAGUACAGGGCUAGGGGAGAUGUCAAUGAGUGUCGUCAUCAGCGCAGCCUGUCAUAUCAAGCGACCAGAGUAUGAGCCGUGGCUACAGGCGGUCCAAUGGGGAGACGUAAGUGGCGGCAUUGGCGAGAUGGAGGGUGGCCAAGAUAUACGACAUUGCGCUUUCACAUCUCUAUCCGCAGAGCGACCCAUUGAAGGGCAUAUAUACCGCUAG